GCGGCGGCGGCGGCGGCGGCGGCCGCGAGCUCGCGCCGGGCACUCGGCGGUGGCAGCCGCUCCGGGGGCGCGCGGGUCCCCCCUGGCCCCGGGCAGCGGCGGGUUCGCGGACUCCCGCCCCCUCGGUGCCCCCGCCCCUCGCCCCCGCCCCCUCCGCCGCGGGCCGGGCCGGGCCGGGCGGGCAUGGUGCGGCGGCGUCGCGGAUGGCGCUGAGGCGGAGCAUGGAGCGGCCGCUGCUCCGGCUCCGGCAGCUGUUGCUGGCGGGACUGGCCGCGCUGCUGCUCGCGGAGCCCCCGGCCGCAGGCCUGAAGCUCAUUGGGUCCCCUCUGAAGCUGACAGUAUCUCAAGGGCAGCCAGUGAAGUUGAACUGCAGUGUGGAGGGAUUAGAGGAUCCUGAGAUCCAGUGGGUCAAAGAUGGAACUUUGGUGCAGAGUGUGGACCAAGUUUACAUUCCUAUCAGUGAGCAGCGCUGGAUCAGCUUUCUCAGCUUGAAGUCAGUAGAUCGAUCGGAUGCUGGGCGGUACUGGUGCCAGGUGGAAGAUGGGGGCGAAACUGAGCCAGUGUGGCUGACCGUAGAAGGUGUGCCGUAUUUCACUGUGGAGCCAGAGGAUCUCACGGUGCUCCCUAAUGCUCCUUUCCAACUGUCUUGUGAAGCAGUGGGCCCCCCCGAACCUGUGACCAUCAUCUGGUGGAGGGGGGGCACAAAGGUGGGAGGACCAGCUCUCUCUCCCUCCAUUUUGAAUGUGACAGGGGUGACCCAGAGUACUGUGUUCUCCUGUGAAGCCCAUAACCUGAAAGGCCUGGCAUCUUCCCGCCUAGCCACAGUGUAUCUUCAAGCUCUUCCAGCAGCACCUUCUAAUGUAACAGUGACCCGACUAUCUAGCAACAAUGCCAGUGUGGCCUGGAUUCCUGACUCUGAUGGCCGAGCUCUGCUCCACUCCUGCACAGUCCAGGUAACGGAGGCUCCAGGAGGUUGGGAGGUCCUGGCGGUGGUAGUUCCGGUGCCACCAUUCAGUUGUUUGCUUCGGGGCUUAGAACCUGCCACCAACUACAGCUUAAGAGUUCGAUGCACCAAUGCCUUGGGACCUUCUCCAUAUGCAGACUGGGUACCCUUCCAGACCCACGGCUUGGCCCCAUCUAGUACCCCUCAGAACCUCCAUGCCAUUCGAACAGACUAUGGUCUGAUCUUGGAGUGGGAAGAAGUUAUUCCUGAGAGUUCUAGUGAGGGCCCCCUGGGGCCUUAUAGAAUAUCCUGGAUUCAAGAAAAUGGGACUCAGGGUGAGCUGACUGUUCUAGGAACUAGAGUCAACCUGACUGGCUGGGACCCCUUGAAGGACUUGACAGCCAGAGUGUGUGUCUCCAAUGAAGUUGGCUGUGGUCCUUGGAGCCAGCCUCUGCUUGUCUCCUAUCGGGACCAUGCUGGCCAGCAGGGCCCCCCUCACAGCCGCACAUCUUGGGUGCCUGUAGUCUUGGGCGUUCUGACAGCACUUGUGACAGCUGCUGCCCUGGCCUUAAUCCUGUUACGUAAAAGAAGGAAGGAAACACGGUUUGGGCAAGCCUUUGACAGCGUCAUGGCCCGUGGGGAGCCUGCUGUUCAUUUCCGUGCUGCCAGAUCCUUUAAUAGGGAAGGUCCAGAACGAAUUGAGGCCACAUUGGACAGCCUGGGUAUCAGUGAUGAACUGAAAGACAAACUGGAGGAUGUGCUGAUCCCCGAGCAGAAGUUCACCUUGGGCCGGAUGUUGGGCAAAGGGGAGUUUGGGUCAGUGAGGGAAGCCCAGCUGAAGCAGGAGGAUGGCUCCUUUGAAAAGGUGGCAGUGAAAAUGCUCAAAGCGGACAUCAUCAACUCCAGUGACAUUGAAGAGUUCCUUCGAGAAGCUGCUUGCAUGAAAGAAUUUAACCACCCACAUGUGGCCAAGCUUGUUGGGGUGAGCCUUCGGAGCCGUGCCAAGGGUCGCUUGCCUAUCCCCAUGGUGAUCCUGCCCUUCAUGAAGCAUGGGGACCUACAUGCUUUUCUGCUUGCCUCCCGAAUAGGAGAAAAUCCUUUUAACCUGCCUUUGCAGACACUGAUCCGAUUCAUGGUGGACAUUGCCAGUGGCAUGGAGUACCUGAGCUCCCAGAACUUCAUCCACAGGGACCUGGCUGCUCGGAAUUGCAUGCUAGCUGAGGACAUGACUGUGUGUGUGGCUGACUUUGGCCUAUCUCGGAAAAUAUACAGUGGUGAUUAUUACCGGCAGGGCUGUGCUUCGAAAUUGCCUGUCAAAUGGCUAGCCCUAGAAAGCUUGGCUGAUAACCUGUACACAGUGCAUAGUGAUGUGUGGGCAUUUGGUGUGACCAUGUGGGAAAUAAUGACUCGGGGACAAACACCUUAUGCCGGUAUUGAAAAUGCUGAGAUUUACAACUACCUCAUCAGUGGGAACCGUCUGAAGCAGCCACCAGAAUGUCUUGAGGAAGUCUAUGAGCUCAUGUACCAGUGCUGGUGCUCGGACCCCAAGCAGCGUCCUAGUUUCCUGACCCUCCGGAUGGAGCUAGAAGAGAUCCUGGGCCGAAUGUCUGUUCUCUCCGCCAGUCGAGACCCUCUUUACAUCAAUAUUGAGAGGGCUGAGGAGCAAGCAGAAGGGGGUGACCAGCUGGGUGGGGACCAGGCUGUUGGGGAGGGGGACAGGAACAAUAAUGGUGCAGGACCGGUAGGGGGUAUUCCCAGUGACUAUCGCUAUAUCCUUAGCCCUGGAGGGCCAGCUGAGCAGUCUGGGGAGGACCUGCAGUUGGAGGGGGCCUGUGGGGAGGCCCAGAGGCAGAUGCUCCUCUAGCAGGGUCUGUUAGCACAUAGAGGCUGUUAGCCUAACAAAUGGAUGGGCAUCCUUGGGGAACAAGGGCAGGAGACUGGCUGGCUUGGCUGGCUAGCAAAGCCCCCUCCCCCACCUUGAUCUCAGCCCUGCCAGAAGCCUAGGGGCUCCUGUGGUAGUCCCUCCCAAGCUAGAUUGGGGCCUGGGCUUUGAAAGCCUGACAUGACCAAAUCGCCCAACCCCUUAUCUUCCUCCAGUCACUCUAGGUCUGGCCAGCCUGGCACGGGCUCAUUCCAUUGGGUGGGGAGAGGGGAGGCAAGUAGAGCCUAGUUGUCUGGACCCUGGCAGCUGGUACUCUGUGGUUAUAUCCCCAUGGUUACAGUGGGUGGGGGCCAAGAUAGAGAGGAGAUGAGUGGUGCUGUUCACCCCUUCCCUCCCCCAGGGCCCAUCCCGCCGCUUUAGUGCAUGUGCUGAGCCGCCCAGCCUGGGAGGCAGCUCUGCCCAGGCCACUAGUGGUGAAUUCUAGGCACGGCUUCUUCAGGGUAGAGACAGAGGGGUCUACUUCACACCUGUGCAGGUGGGAGAGGUUGGGAGGGCCAGCCCCUCUCCCCCUGGAGGUGGGGUUGGAUGUCGGGAUACUCAGGUCUGAGCAGCCCUCUGUCGGCAAGCCUGGGGGUCUCCCCUGCCAACGGGCCAUCCUUGUGGGGUGCUCCCUCAGUCACACCUAUGCAGAAAGCUGGAAGGCAUCGGACUACCAGGUGCCCUUCCCUUAAAAAGAAGGGGAGUGGUGAGGUCUGUGGAACCUCAGGGAGGACUGGUGGGACCGGCCGAGUCUGGUCCUGGGAGGGAUGGCAGCUUCUUUCCACCCUCCACGUUCUGUUUGGAGCAUGCUACAAGAAUCCUAAUCCCACUAACAAAGGCAGCUGUGUCUAAACCCGGAGGGCUUUCUGGUCCCACUUCUUCCUUCCCUGCUGAGUCCCUCUCUCCUGACUUUGCCUUUAACAGAAGCCUCCUCUUUUUGCUUGCUCCCAUUCAGAGCUACUGAAGUGGGAGGAAUUGAGGCCAGAGGGCUGGUUUUGGGGGAAGGGGCUAUUACUGAUUGCUACCACUUCCAUGGCAGAGAUGGCUGUGGGGGAAAGGGUUGAUAGUAGUCUUCCUUGGGAGGGUGGGAUAUGUGUUUCCAGGCUGUUAGAUGCUGUUUAAACACAGAAAUAAAAACAAACCUCAGAACAGC